CGAUGUAUUUAAUAUUUGUAAUAUCAAUCCUGUCCUUGCUGAUGGCAUUUACCUCGAAAAUAUCGAAAACCAUCCUACCCUUCGUCUGCCGUGACAGUGCGGAGGUGGUAGCCCGAAGGAAAGAAAUAGUAAAAUUACGGGCCGAACUGGCUAAAAUUUCUAUGCGCGAUGAAUACAUCAAGUACGUCAAGUGCGAGCGUGAAAUCAGCAAACUAGAGGUAUCGUUGAGCGAAGCAAAAAGUCGCGAUAAUGUAAUGAGGGUGGCGUACGAGUACGGAUUGCAUUACGGUGGAAUGGCCGUACUAGGCCUUUGCAUGAUGUACAUUUCAAUUUUCUACCGCUACUCUACCGUCAUCGUGUUUGGGGACAAUUUCAACUUUGAACCAUUCGGCGGAUUCAUCAAAUUUCCAACAAAUGUUCCCAAUUCCAUAUCGGUUGUGUUUUGGAUCGUGGUGAAUAAUUUCGUUGCAAGGACACUGGCCAGUUAUGUGCAAUAAAAUAUUGGAUAUGGUAAUUGGUAAUCAUAA